AUGGCAUCGCCUACUGGGAAAGAAGAGAACAUACCUGCUGACUUUAUUCAAUGUGUCCAGAAAUUAUUAUCGUCUAUAUCAGCUUUAAACGCUAUUAAUAGUCUCGAACCAGCCGUUCAAACAGCAAAACAACUUUCAUCAAAAUCAGCACUUGUUGAACGUUUAAUAACUGAAUAUUCUAGUCUGUGUGAUGAUUAUAAAAAACAUUAUAGUCUUACAAUGACUGAUACAAGUCCAUUUGCUGAAUACAAACAAUAUAUUGAACGUUUGUCUUCAUGGCUAUCAUCGACAAAUGCUAACAUUCAUGAAGUUUUACAAUCAGUUAAUAAACAACGAGCACUACUUAUCAUCAAAAAUCUCGAUGAAUUAAGUAAAUACAAAUCAUUAUUAGAACGUGCUACAAUAUUAAAUCGUACAAUGGCUGCUAAUUUACCGGCUGAACAAGCAACUAAGAUGACAAAUGAAAUAGCCGAUGUUAAAGAACAAUGGAGAAUUCUUAUUGAAGGAUUGAAUACACUUAAAGAAAGACAUGCAUCACGCUAUGCGUCACCUGAACGAAAUAACAAUGAAGAUCGUUUAGCCAAGCAGAAUGAAAAUCUCGUUCAUUACAUUGAAAGUUGGUUUACGUUGGCUAGAGAAUUAAUCUACCAACAAGAACAAUUGACGACGACCAAUCAUAAUAUGAUUGAUGAUAAAAAAUGCUUUUUCGAUUCAUUGAUUUCAUCGGAUAACGAAAUCAAUGAGCAUAAUCUUCUAUACCAACUUAAAGAAUGUGAGCAAGAAAUCAACCGAUUAAAAAUUUUACUUGAUGAAAAUUGUCGCACGUUAAAGAGUGAUGAUAUGACAACAGGCGAAGUAACUCGUUCGUUAACUGAUGAAUUGACAGAAAUCGCAAAAUCUGUGACAACAGCACGUAUUCAGUUAGAAAAUCAUAUUGAUCGACAAUGUGGACUUCUUCUAGAACUAGAUUCAAUCACUAAUUGGUUAACAAACUUUAUAAAUGAAUCAAAAACAAUUGAUAAACAAACAAUUAAAUUAGCUUUACAUGAACGACAACAACAUUUUGAUGAAAUAAUAAAAUGUUGUUAUAUAAAUAAUCAAAAAAUUAAAGAUAAAAUAAAACAUUUAAUUCAACUAUGGAAUCAAUUAACAUCAAUGAUGACUACACAAUCAUCGUCACUACCUCUAUUAUCGUUACCGUCAUCAUCAUCAUCAUCAUCAUCAUCAUCAUCUGAAAAAGAACGACAAGUUAAAUUAGUUGAAGAAGGAAAAGAAUUAUUAAAUACAAUCGUACAAUUAGGUAAUCGUCAAGAAAUCGAACAACUUCAAAAUAAGAUUCAAUCUCUUUUAACAAAUAUUGAUAUAGUCACUUCUCAUGAUCAAUCUGAAAUUACGUCUGAUUGGAAAUUAGAUCCAUUCGAUUCAGUACGUGAUGAGCUUGCCACUCGACAAACGAUACUAAAACAAAUGUUAAUCGAUACAAAACGUAUUGAUCAACUUCGCGUUAAUUUUGUUUCACAUUUUAGUAUACAAAAUAAUACAACAAUAGCAAAUAAUGAAAUUAUAGAUAUUAUUGAUAAUUAUCCAAAAGAAAUGACAACUGAAAUGCGUCAAUGGUUAAAUGAACAACAAAAAACUCGUAUAACAGCACCAAUAGCAACUAUAGAUACAUCAAAAAGUAUCGAUGAUUUUGAUGAAUAUCUUAAACAAAUUGAAGAAAAUAUUAAUUCAUAUAAACAAAAUGAAAAUAAUGAAUCAAAAUUGAAGAAAAUUCUUCAAUUAAUUGAAGAACGACCUAGUUUACCACAAAAUUUAAAUAAUGAUGAUAAAGAACGUAUUGAAAAUUUACGUCAAAGACUAUCAUAUGCACAAAUACAAAUUGAAGAAAUUCGAAAUAGAAAUUCAUCAAUUAGAAAUGCUGAUCAAAUUAUUAAUAAUAUUGAUAUUUUAAUUAAACGUGUAAGAGAUAUUGAAGAACAAAUUCGAGCUAAUGUUAUACAACCAAUUAAUGACUACGGAAGACUUAUUAUUGAUUGUCAACGUAUUAUUACGGAACUGGAUCAAAAUCUUCGCCCACAUGUUGAACAAAUACUCAAUACUGGCAAACGUUUAUAUACAUCGGAUGGCAAAGAUAGUAGUGGUAUUGAAAGUGCUGACGAUACUGGAGGUGGAAAAUUUGAAUUAUUAUCAACAUCUUCACCAUCACCUCCAUUAAAAAAAUAUUCAGAUUUAACAUUACGUAAAGUUCGUCGACAUGUUUUACAAUUAUCACAACGUUGGAAAAAUGCUAAUACUAAUGUACGACAUCGUUUAAAAGUUUUACAACGUGCUCAAACGGCGGUCGAAGAACUACGCCGUAAGUGUGAUCAAUUACAUGCACACUUGCUUGAUAUUGAACUUACUCAUGCUCAUCAACCACAAAUACGAGCAAUAAGUAGUGAACAAAUACCAAUUGAAAUUGAACACACAAAAGUAAUUUAA